GCACGGAGUGAAGGGAGCUGAAAGUGACUAAGAACGCACAGUUGCUCGAUGUAAACAGGCUGAUAUUUUUGGACUCUGCAGCAUGCUGACCAAAAAGGCCCUGUUCAAAGCUCCCAGGAUCAACAGACAAUACUGACUUAAAAUCAGCGAUAAAGAGCAACAAGUGCAAAAAAAUAAGGGACUAGCUGAAGGGCGGGUUCAGCAAACUAUGAGUAUAAUAAAUUAAUUACAACAUAGUCUGCAAAUAAACAGCCCUUUAACUUUUAAAUUAUUAGAAUAAUAAUUAACAAAAAUGAUCAAAUUACAGAACAUAAUCAGUUGCCACUGAAAAAGGAACAGUGGGCAAUGAAAACUUUGACUUCUGUUAUUCUACAAAUCGUAUGAAUGUCCAUGGAAAAAGUGCUGGUUUUUAAAAGAAAGUUAAAAAUGUCAAUCAACCUCCGACAUGCUCGUCUAAUAAGAAAAAGGACAAUAGUCACCAUCAUAAAGCAUUAUUUGUUUAAUUUAAAAAAACACCAACAACAAACAAACAAAAACACCUGAAAACCAAAUCAGAAGAUCCACUGAAAAAAACGUUUGUAUUUGGAGGUAAUGACCAUUUUGUGCAGCAGAGGGCAACAAUGCACUCCUUUUCAAAGACUAACUGUCAGAGACUUCAGAAAGUACUACAACUGCUAGAGAAAUGUAGGCCUAUUGGUUGACUGAAAGCACCUGGAAUAUGAAUGUGUGGGUUGUAAUAAUAUUGUUUUACAAUUAAAGAAAACGUCAACGCAAAAAUAAAUCGGAAAGUCGUUAAGUUGGAGCGAAAAUGUCUCAGUAAUUGUAUAUUGCAGAAAUCUGGAGGGAAAGUAAGGGAUGUUCAAGGCAGUCACUUUGUUAAGCAGUGAUCUGGUACUUUUGUGAUUCGAGACUAAUCUUCCGCCUUUAUGUUGACAGGAUCAGAAACUGGAGAAUGAUAAGUCAAAAAUGCAUAAUAAAUGCUGUAGGCCUAAUUGAACCAUCUCAUUCAGGGUCCUUUAUGUAGACAGUUUCUCAUGUCUGGCAACCAUAGACUGUAAAUAUUGGCAACAUUAUCUUUUUGGAAUUUUGUCCGAAAAAAAAAAAACACUAAACCAAUAACUUAAAAUGUUCCUUUAUUUCAAUCAAGAGAUAAACCCCACCUCUUUGUAUACAUUUCAUUGAUGUUUAUUUAUUUUUUUAUUAUUAUUUAUCGACAAGAAAUAAGUAAAGCAUCAUUGCAUCAACUCCCCGCCCUCCUUAGGUGAGGGAGACUGGUGACGUCAUUUACGUUUUCCCAUGACCACGCCUCGCUUUGUUACUGUGGAAACCAAUGACACUGAUGAGGGUAGUCAUCCAGAUGGUCGGUUAGCCAAAUUGCUAACCCAAACCAAGUUUUUUUGCUGUCGCGUUACCGAUAGUUUACAUAAUGCGGAGCCGCUUGGACCUUAUCCUGGCGGGGUAAAUUCCCAGGGACAGAUCAGGAGGAAAACCAUGGACACUCCAUAUUCUAUUCAAAUGUCACAACAAGGAUAUUUAUCUUUACAUGUAAAAUAGCAGAUGCUGUAUAUGUAAUUAACACUAAAGUAUACCAACCAUCCAGCAAUAUAAAUGGUUCCCCUGAAGGCAAAUCAGGCUAUGAUGGUAGAAGAAGUAGAAGAGAAGGAGGCUUCAGGCCCUCCAGAGAAGAGAAAACCCCAGGAAGAAGAAGAAAGUGACAAUGAGAAGGAGUUGGUAGAAGGACGAGGUGUAAGGAUUCCUUUGCAUCGCUGGGUUAUGCACGGAGCAGUGAUGUUUGGACGUGAGUUCUGCUACGCCAUGGAAACUGCCCUUGUGACGCCAGUGCUGCUGCAAAUAGGUCUACCUGAGCAGUAUUACAGUUUAACGUGGUUCCUCAGUCCUAUCCUGGGUCUCCUAUUCACACCUGUGAUUGGCUCAGCUAGUGACCGCUGUACUCUGCGAUGGGGCAGAAGAAGACCAUUCAUUCUUGCCCUGUGUGUAGGUGUGCUGCUGGGAGUGGCAUUGUUUUUAAAUGGAUCAUUAAUUGGCCUUUCUGUUGGUGACACUCCCAGCAGUCAGCCAAUUGGCAUUGUCCUCACUGUACUGGGCGUGGUGGUGCUGGACUUCAGUGCUGAUGCAUCUGAGGGACCAAUCAGAGCUUACCUCCUUGAUGUUGCCGAUACUGAGGAGCAAGAUAUGGCCCUGAAUAUUCAUGCCUUCUCUGCAGGUCUUGGUGGAGCAGUGGGCUACAUGUUGGGAGGUCUUGACUGGACUGGUACAGCUCUGGGUCAAGCAUUUAAAUCCCAGGAGCAGAUCCUCUUCCUGUUUGCAGCCAUCAUCUUCAUCAUCUCUGUCACACUGCAUAUGCUUAGUAUCCCUGAGCAAACAUUAGCUCCAUCACAUCAGCUUAAAGUCACAGGAAGUGUAGAGUCUACCAGCCAAAUGUCUUUCAGGCCAUUUAGCCGCACACCCCCUCUAUUGGAUGUAAUUACUGAGGAGGAUUGGUCUGCUCGAGCCCCAUCUCGAGAGGACAAAGAAUUAGACUCUGAGGAAGGGGAGAUGGACUUUCUGGCUGUGGAGCGAGUGCGGAGUAAAAGUGAUUCUGUGUUGGCAAUGCCUGAUGCUACAAUCGAGUUGGAUCCAGACCUCGACCCGGAUAGACAACUUUUCCUGCCAGACUUUCUGCAAGAGACGCAGGAAGAGCUGGAUGAUGCUUUCAAACCAUCAGACCACAGCAUUGACUCUUCAUCUCCUGCUGGUGGAGCUCCGCCCAUAUCUGAUGGGAUGGUGAUCUUAGAUCCUGCAGAUUCAUCUCCUCCAAAGCUUAAGGAUUCAACAAACAGUCGUCCCUCUGACCUUCAGAUCAGUUCUGGCUCAGCAGACUCCCAUCAGAAAACACAGCAGGUCAAGGCUGUCAAUGGAGUCAAUUCAAUUAAAGGCAAUGGCUCCAGUAGGCUGAUGACCCGUCCCUCCAGCUCCUCUGUGACAUCACGGCCACACCCCCACACCUUUUACAGACAGCCCUCUUUUACUUUUUCUUACUACGGACAUGUGCGAUCCCAGCGCUUUCGACUGCGGCGGACACUUUUGAGUCCUCAGCCAAUCACAACCUCACGCAGUCUGAAUGAUCUGACUGACCUCAAACGGCGUGCUGACAGGCGGGAGUUGCAGCUUUCGGCAAGCAGUCUUUCAUCUGAGGGCUCCAGCAUAGAGGAAGAAGGCAGGGGUACAACUGUUCGACUGUUGUGGUUAUCUAUGUUGAAGAUGCCGCGGCAGCUGUGGAGAUUGUGUGUGUGUCACCUCCUCACAUGGUUCUCCAUUAUUGCUGAGGCUGUCUUUUAUACUGAUUUCAUGGGGCAAGUGAUCUACCACGGGGACCCAACGGCACCAUCCAAUUCAACAGAGCUCCAAAACUAUCACAAAGGAGUACAAAUGGGUUGCUGGGGACUGGUGGUCUAUGCUGCUACUGCUGCUGUGUGCUCCGCCAUCCUUCAGAAGUACCUGGAUAAUUUUGAUCUGAGCAUCAAAGUCAUUUACAUUGUUGGAACUCUGGGAUUCUCAAUAGGAACUGCUGUCAUGGCGAUCUUCCCUAAUGUUUAUGUGGCCAUGAUAAUGAUCAGUGGCAUGGGCAUCAUCUCCAUGAGUAUUUCCUACUGUCCCUAUGCAUUGCUUGGGCAGUACCAUGAAAUUAAAGAGUACAUUCACCACAGUCCAGCAAACACUAGAAGAGGUUUUGGUAUCGACUGCGCUAUCUUAUCCUGCCAAGUCUAUAUCAGCCAGAUUUUGGUUGCAUCAGCCCUCGGAGCUGUGGUAGAAGCAGUCGGCAGUGUGCGUGUCAUUCCUGCAGUGGCCUCUGGGGGUUCCUUCCUGGGCUUCCUUACAGCCUGUUUCCUGGUCAUUUAUCCUGAUGUGGAGCCCAGCAGCUCUGAGCAGGACCAGGUGGUGGUGGGUUUAUCUGGAGAUUCAAAUGGAGACAGGACCAGUGAGCAGAGGUUGGCUCUGUUGAACCUCACAGAUGGAGGUAGUUUGAAGAAGAUAGAGAAUCACUCUGUGGCCUGAGUGUGAACAUGUAAAGAAAUAGUCAUGAGCCGUUUUCACAUAUGCACUCUGGAUAAUAUCUAGAUAUUUACUGGAGGACUUCUCUGGACAUUCUCCCGACCUAGCCGUUCACAUAUGCUCCUCACAGCGGGGGACUUUCCCUGUCAAAGGGGAGGGGUCACCACAUGUGGGGAUUACUCCAGCUGCUUUCAAAUGUAACAGCCUGUGACUUUAAUAACUUUUACUUUGAAAGACAAAGAGUUGACGAAGUAUCUACACAAUGGGAAGAUUUUCAUCUUCCUGGAGAAUGAAACUGACAUAAAACUCUCUAAGGCUGCUCUACUUGUAUUUUGCUACCUCAACCCUUAAAAGAGAGGUAAAAGUUCAGAUGGCUGGACUGAGAAAAGUCAGUCAUUAAAGCACAAAGAUCCACAUGACACUGAAUUGGUCUGAUUUUUGAAACAAGGUUAGCUUAGACUUCUGAAACAAACAUACGCUUUACUUUCAAAAGCAAAGAGGGAGGCACACAGAGCACUUUCUGUCUCACCCCUGAAGCUGCAGAAUGAUGUUAACUGUGACAUUUCAUUUCAGCUGCUCUAUAAUUGCAUAUUGAACAAUCGUAAAUUUGUCAAAUGACCAUUUUUGUACUUCUACAAUAUCCAGUGACUGAUACAGAUGCAAGCAUUUGUUCCAGGUUGUUUAUAGAAGGCCUUGAUAUAUGAUGUUUUAUAAAUCCACUCUGCAUUUGUUGUGCACACCAAACAUUUUUCUAAAUGUCAUACCAUUUUUUAUAUUCACAUUUAAGAGGUGUUUAAGAUGUUGGAUCCUGUUAAGAAAUUCACUAGUGUGCAGUUAAAAGUGCUGAUUUUUUGUUCAUGCCUGUACUGAAAGACGGAACUCUGAAUGCCAUACUCUCUUAUUUUGCAAUAAUAUACAGGGGACAUUUGAAUAUAAUUUAGUUAAAUGAUAACACAACGGUUGUUUAUCAUGGCCUCUAAGAUAUAACCUUGAUUGGUUUUUGGUUUUAGUGUUAUUUUUUUAAACAGGGUGGUCUUAAUUUUGCUUUCUUGUGAUCUAUUCAAGAAAUGUUUUCACCUUUACAUUCCAAAUAGAGUUAAAUUGGUUGAUAUGUUCCAAAUCAGCUCAUGUUCAUUAUUGCAUGUUGGGCAAAAUGAUAGAAAUGUGCUGAUUAUAUCUUUAAACAACUGUAAAAGCCUUGUAAAAAAAACAAACCGGGUCCUGUGGUAUAAUAAUAGCUCCCAUACUGCCAUGUUGUUUCAGCCUACCUCAGAAUAACGAACACAAGAGCCAGCAGAGAGGCCGUAGAUGAUUAUUGGGACCAUUAAGCAACCUGCAAAAUAAUGUUUUGCAUGGUCUCUGCCACACUUUAACAUACUGGCAGCAUCAUAAACCUACCACAGUGUUCACAGAGUAAUAAGCUACUUGUUAACAAGAACGGGAUAGUCUCCCAUUCCUUUAGUAGAACAGUAACACACUUGAGUGUGGAGUAAGUGCACAUUUGUCAGAGCACCUUUAAGUUAGCUAAAAACAACUAUUUCUUUAAUCAGGACGCUCAAAAAAACUGUCAUGCUGCCUUUUGAAUUGUAGCAAGGAGCAAGUACUGUAAUAUGCAAGGCAGUGGACUGACCUAUGCAAACUUGAAAUUCCCUUUAUUGGGGCUUUAUGACCAAAUCAACCACUUGCUACUGCUUUGGGAGUAGCAAAGGAGCCUUCAGUUGCCUUUCCUCGCUCUAUGUUUUUUUUUUUUUCAGCUCAGAGGAAAUAAGGCAUUAAGACAUUGUGAAAACAUUGCACAGAUUGUUUUUCAUAUAGCAUAACAUUGUCUACCUUUAUAACCUGGUUGAGAGAAAGGUGCCAUUUGUUUUACAUUUUCACAGCCUGCUGAACAAGCACUACAAGGGAACAUCAGGAUGUUGUGACAUUUUUAAAGAGAUAGUGUUUGGAACAAACAAAAGAAAGUUUGAUAAUUUUUUCACUAAUUUGUAUGCAAAUAAUGCAGAGAUUAUGCUGGGUGUACCAUUGUGUUCUUUGGAAAUUGUCCUCAGCCUUUGAAAAUAUGCCUCUGACAGAACUGGCAUAUUGAAGUUAUUUUGAUUUUAUGCUGAUGUUAAAUGAAAAUCACUGUUCUGGUUUGAAAGUCAUGCACUGGCAUGUUAUUGUAGUGAUCGGAGGUUCUCUUUGCUGCUGUACAAAGUUUAUUCAAGGAAAAUCAGGUAUUUUUGUACCAAUUUUGAAAGAAGACAAAGAAUGCACCUUC